AUGGCUUCUUCCACUGCCGGCAACCAAGAGUACGGCACCAGACCCGACCCUGCCUUCACCAAUGAAAGCAACCGCCGGCUCGGGUUCCGCUUCGAUGCCGAGAUCCUCUACAUUGAGCCAUGGGGUCCUGACUCCCUUCGAAUCCGGGCGACAUGUCUGGCGACUCUUCCCGAGAGAGAAUGGGCUCUGACUGAGAAGCCGUCUGCAUCAACACCAGUAAUUGACAUUCAAGGCAGCUCGGCCUCAAUCACCAACGGCAAGAUCAAGGCCGACAUCAGUCGCCGUGGCAAGAUUGUCAUCUCAAACACCAAGACGGGCAAGGUCCUUCUAGAAGAAUUUGCCCGUCAUCGUCUGGACAUUCUCGACCCAAAAUGCAGCUCUCUGAGAAUCCAAGCUCGCGAGUGGAAGCCUCGUCUGGGGUCCCCCGACUAUCACUUGACCAUGCGCUUCGAGUCCCAAGACCCCGAUGAGCGCAUCUACGGUAUGGGUCAGUACCAACAACCAUUCCUCAACCUGAAAGGUGCGGACCUGGAGCUUGCGCAGCGGAACUCGCAAGCGACUGUCCCUUUUGCACUUUCAAGUCUCGGGUAUGGAUUUCUCUGGAACAACCCUGGAGUUGGCCGAGCCGUCUUCAGUAAGCUCACAACUACUUUUGAGGCAUACUCGACCGACAUGCUGGAUUACUGGGUUGUCGCUGGUGACACUCCUGCUGAGAUCAUCCAGGCCUACACAGGCGUCACUGGUCGAGUGCCGAUGAUGCCAGAGUAUGGACUCGGAUUCUGGCAGUGCAAGCUUCGUUACCAGACUCAAGAGGAGCUGCUGGAGGUGGCACGAGAGUACAAGAGACGAGAGUUGCCGAUUGAUCUCAUUGUAUGCGACUACUUCCACUGGCCAAACCAGGGAGACUGGAAGUUUGAUCCUACGUUUUGGCCUGACCCUGAUGCCAUGGUUGCUGAGUUGAAGGCUUUGAACAUUGAAUUGAUGGUUUCCAUCUGGCCCACCGUAGAGAAGGACUCAGAGAACUACGACGACAUGCUUCGCCGGGGCCUCCUCAUCCGACAAGACAGAGGCAUCCGGGCUGCCAUGGAGGGUCGUGGGUACGCAAUCCACUAUGACGCCACAAACCCCGAAGCAAGAAAAUUUGUCUGGGAUGCUGUCAAGCGCAACUACUACGACAAGGGCAUCAAGGUGUUCUGGCUCGAUGAAGCCGAGCCUGAGUAUACUGUCUACGACUUUGACAUCUACCGCUAUGCAGCUGGGCCUAACCUGUCCAUUGGCAACAUCUAUCCCUACGAUUAUGCCAAGGGCUUCUAUGAAGGCCAGAAGGAAGCCGGUCAAGAGAACAUCGUGAAUCUCCUCAGAUGUGCUUGGGCUGGAAGUCAAAAGUUCGGUGCCCUUGUUUGGUCUGGAGAUAUUGCGUCUAGCUGGGGCAGUCUCCGCAACCAACUGGCCGCUGGCCUGAACAUGGGCAUUGCUGGCUUGGCUUGGUUCACCACUGAUAUUGGCGGCUUCCACGGCGGUGAUCCUGAUGAGCCGGCCUUCCGAGAACUUUUCGUUCGGUGGUUCCAGUGGGGAACCUUUUGCCCGGUUAUGCGACUACAUGGAGACCGAGAACCUAAGCAGCCGAGACUGGGCACCACAGGAGGAAGCUUCUGCCUCUCUGGUGGCCCCAAUGAGGUGUGGUCUUACGGUGAAGAGGUGUACGGCAUCUGCAAAAAGUACCUCAACAUCCGUGAAGAGUUGAGGGAGUACACAAGGGAUUUGAUGAAGUCUGCUCAUGAGAAGGGUGACCCUCUGAUGCGUCCUUGCUUCUACGAUUUCCCUGGAGAUGGCAAGUGUUGGACUCUUGAAGAUCAGUACAUGUAUGGGCCCAAGUAUCUGGUGGCACCGAUCCUUCAUCCAGGACAGAAGACCAGGGGUGUGUACCUUCCUGGUGAGGGUAUUCAGUGGAAGGGCGCGGAUGGGACUGUUUACGAAGGAGGCAAGCUGGUGACUGUGGAGUGUCCUUUGGAUACUAUGCCCGUGUUCUCAAGGGACUAA